GGCGGGAGGUGCCGGCGCCAGACGCGGAGGGAAGGAGUUACGACAAGCCGCUGAGAGGCCGCGGAGCCAGCGACGACCGAGCCAGUCGAGCUGCCGCCGCCGCCGCCGCCGCGCUCCCAUGGCGGCCGCCAAGGAUUCUCAUGAGGACCGGGACACCACUGAAAAUGUAGACGAGUCCAACCACGACCCCCAGUUUGAGCCGAUAGUUUCCCUUCCUGAACAAGAAAUUAAAACGCUGGAGGAAGAUGAAGAAGAACUUUUUAAAAUGCGGGCAAAGUUAUACCGUUUUGCCUCAGAAAAUGAACUCCCGGAGUGGAAGGAGCGGGGCACCGGUGACGUGAAGCUCCUGAGGCAUAAGGAGAAGGGGAGCAUCCGCCUUCUCAUGCGCAGGGACAAGACCCUAAAGAUCUGCGCCAACCACUACAUCACACCACUGAUGGAGCUAAAACCGAAUGCGGGCAGCGACCGAGCCUGGGUCUGGAACACCCAUGCUGACUUUGCCGACGAGUGCCCCAAGCCAGAGCUGCUUGCCAUCCGGUUCCUAAACGCUGAAAAUGCACAGAAAUUCAAAACAAAGUUUGAAGAGUGCAGGAAAGAGAUCGAAGAGAGAGAAAAGAAAGCAGGAUUGGGUAAAAGUGAUAAUGCUGAAAAAGUGGCUGAAAAGCUAGAAGCUCUUUCGGUGAAGGAGGAGACUAAGGAGGCUACUGGGACCAAGGUGUCUGAAGGUGAAGAGGCCAAGGAGAAGACUGAAGAGAAGCAAUAAACGGGACUUUAUAUAAAGCAGCUCGAACUCCAACAUCCAGAUGGUUUUUUUCUAAGUUUUUGUCCUAUUGAAGACAAUUUCAGAAAAUCCAUUCCCCAGUCAUGAAAAUGUACUGUGCUAACUUUCUUUUCCAUAGUGGAAACACUUAUUUAUAGUCAUCAAAAAUAGAGAAUAAAAACCACAUUUGAUAACUGUAUCAGAGGUCAGGACUGUGUGUACAUGGCUCAGCACUGGCGGCUCAGGUGCCUACGUGUCCGCAUGCCUGUGGGCAGUGCCUCUACUGGGCUGUGUCCUGGGAAUGUCUUGUGUGUUGUGUGUGUGUGUACAUGUACAUGUAUGUGUGCUUGUGUCUAUGUCUGAGUUUUCUGGGCAACGAAGGGGUUUUGUAACUGGCCUAGGCGCUAACAUCAAAGCUGGGUUCUUGGGAGACUCGUGCAGGUAUCACCGAGGUUGUACAUGUUGAGGCUCGUUCUGGGCUUUGGGAGGUUGUGGCACUGUUGGCAGUUGGGGCUGUGUUGCCUGUGGUGUGUCUGAGCCUGCAGCUAGUGGGGCAGCUGGGGCCGGCCCAGUGGCUGUAAGUGGCCAUUGGCCAUCGAGGGCCCAGGUGAGCAGUGUUGGGCCCAUGUACUUGGCUAAGGCUAAGGCGGCUGGGGUAUGAAGGUUGGGGUUUGCUGAAGGUUCUGAGGCUGAUGGUCACUGCUUUGCCAUGCAGAGAGGACUUUAUGCGGAGAGAGACUACUAGGAUAAUAACUAGGAGGAUGGCACAGGGAUAUGCUGGCUGGGCGGGUGAGUCCCUGGCCUUGGCCAGGCUGUUCUUGGUCCACCCUGGUGGAGGGAAAGGCCAGCCCCAUGGCACACAUAUCCAGUCUGGUGCAGUGACCACAGCCUUCUGUCAGAAGCCUUAUGAAGCACCAUACCACCUUUGCCCAGGAAUGUUGACCACACGUGCUGUUCCCUCCAGCAUCCUCGGAAAAAAAAACACCUCGCCUACUGGCACCUCGGUGUCUGUCUGGACCCCUGACCUCUUGGGCUUGAAGUCCAAACUCAGUGGUGUUAGAAUGGUGGACACUUUGGAUAGCUUUAAAUAAAAGGACGUUUUCAAGUAUCCAAGUGGGUUAGUGGUAUUGGGGGUCUAUCUCUAGGCAUCUUCAGUCAGGAAGUAUGUUUUUCAGUGUCACUGUGGAGGUGUCUGCAACCCCAUGGAAGAAUGUAUGUACUGGCCAGGCUGCACUUUGGGGGGUGGAUUCUGAGGAACAGGCUGGCCUGCCUUUCAGUAAGAGGUGCUGAAGACAGAAGAGCAGGAGAGGGUCUCCCAUAGGGCACAUGUCCCAGCUGUGUUCCUUGUGGCUCUGAGCCAUCAGCACCUACCAGAGGUGCUUCAUUGGUGUGUCUGUCUGCUCCACCUAAACUUCACAUCCGGUUUAAACAUCAGUCCUUGUUCUUCUGGUGGAAUGUGCUCCCAAAGGAAGCUGCUGUUCUGUUUAAGACCAAACUGAAUACUUGACUGGCCAUUUUUGUAGUGCUGUGUCAGCCUUGGGCCUGGUGGCGUGGUUCCGCUUGCCUCCAGCAAGCCGGUGCUGGCACAGUGUCUUCCCACACAGAGGUGUUGAGGCUUGCACAUGGGUGCUGUAAGGUGCUGCUCUUAAUGACAUGGAAUUGUGAUGUCGUAUCCUGUGAAUUUUUAUAACUGCUGUGCUCCUCUGAAGAUGGUGCUGUGCCACAAACCAGUGAGAACUUAGGGUUGGGGGUGGGAGUUGAUGCGUGUGAGAGCCAGUGUCCCAAAGGGCCCUAUCCUCCUAAGGGAAGCCCUGGGCUAGCAAGUCAAACACCUGUUAGCAGAGAAUGGUGGUUUUAACAUUCUGUCUUUGUUUCGGAUUCCAAAGGAAAAUAAAUGCCAUGUGAUGUAAACGCCAGGCUGACUUCCUUCAUGACGGGGCGGGGAAAUGUGUCUCCAAGGAGGGGAAACUCUGACGGUAGCUCCUUGGAAUGAAUGGAGGACACACAGUCUUAUAAAUCAGGUUGCAUUAUAGAGUACAUUAGAGAGGCAGCUUUCUCAUACUCUAGAAUGGCUUGCAGGACAAGUCGUGUCCAAGUGUCAGGACCCUUGGGGCCCCUAGUAGACCCAGGAUGAGCAGGAAGGACUUGGCCAGUAUGCUUGCAGGUGGGUUCGUGUCUUAGGCUGGGUUCUCUAGAGAAGCAAAAUAAGUAAAGUGUGUAAGUAUAUAUAUUUAUAUAUACUUGGUUCACAUGGUUGUAGGGGCUGGAAUGUUCCAAGUUCGUGGAUAGAGGCUUCUGAUUCACAUAGCCACAGGGACUGGUGAACCUAAGAUUGGCAGGCUCAAAGAGCAAGCCUCUUGCUCACAGGCUGAGAAGACAGACGAAUCCCAAGAUUGGCAGGUCAGCUGCUAGCUCAAGUACCAAGAACCGGGGGUCAGCUGCAGGAUCCAGAGGGAACAAAAGCCCAAGAACCUUGCCAGAGUGUCCAUUUAUAUUUGAUGCAGGCCACACACUUAAGGAAACUCCCUUUCAACUGACUGGCUUUUCACAGCAGAUCCCAUCAUGGAGGUGAUCACAUUGUAUCAAAUCUCAUCAUGGAAGUGAUCAUAAGACAUCAUAUGACUGCCAAACCACUGAGAUGAGGAACAUGGCCCUGCCAUGUUGACACACAAGCAUCACAGUUCUCUUGGGCAGAGAGGCAGUGAUGCACCAGCAAUGUCCAGACAGGAAGGAGUCUGGCAUCCUGUAAAAAAUGGGAUUGGAAGUGCCGCCUUUCCAUGCAGGUCUGGCGGACUGCAGAUUGGGAAUGCUGCUGCUUUCAGCUGGAUUUUGCUUUUCCCUGGGGUCCUGACUCAUGGGAAGAGAGAGGGCUUCAGGGCUCAGCAGCAGCAUCGGGCCGUGCUAAUGAAGUGAAGCCCUAUCCAGGGGCCACAGUACACAACUUGGCCAGUUAACUGUCAGUCCUGGCCAUGGCCCUGGGUCAGGACGGCAAGGACCAUGGCCUCACACUGUGCUCUGUGUCUCUAUAGCCAGGUCCACCCCACCCCACCCUCGCUGCCCAGGCUGUCUUUAAGGAGAAGGUUCUCACCGUGUGGGCAUGAGUGCCCUUCCCAGGGCCCUCAGGUCAGUGGAGGAAGGCGAUCUCACCCUGGAACUGUGCAGACCUGUUCUCAGCCUCUGUUUCCCAUGGGAAGCCUACUGGGACGAUGCUCUUCCUGGGUGGGCCUGGGCCCAGGCCGUGUGACCUCAGAAAGCUUCCUGGAGGCCUGGAGCUACUGUAUGCCAGGCUGCAGGAAGGGCAGGAGCAAGUGUGAGGCCGUGGUGGGGCACCAUUGGCUUUAAGUGUGCCAUCCCCAGCCGGUUUUAUGUCAGGACCCUUGAUUUUGUGUUCCCCAUGCCUUAAGGACAUCUGUGGAUAGAUGGUCUUUGCUCACCUUCGUACCCUGGGACCCCUCCACUGCCUCAGAGCCCCCAACAGUGCAGGUCUCCUUUAGUGGACACCUGCGGCAGUCUCCAGGGAAUGCUCAGAAGGGUGUCCGCAGGUAGAGGUGACAAUUGGGGGUAUAGAGAAAAACUCGUUUUCUCUGUCAAAGGGCUGUGUUAUGGGUCUGCUUCUACUCUGAUCCUGUGGGUUGGCUGGGGCUGGUUUCUUCACAAGGCCCAAGGUAGGCAAGGAGGG